AUUUAAGCGUUCUUCCGUGUGUUGAACUUUUAUGGUUUGUCAAGCUGCCAGCGCCGGUUCUCGUAGCAACCGUACACAGUCAAGAAGAUGGCGGCGCAAGAGAGCACGUUCAGACCAGUAACACAUGUGAUUUUCGACAUGGACGGGCUCUUGUUAGACACAGAGCGCCUGUACACGGUUUGCUACCAGGAGAUAUGUGACCGGUUUGAUAAGAAGUACACCUGGCAGGUGAAGUCCUCAGUGAUGGGCAAAAAGGCGCUGGAGGCAGCGCGUAUGAUCCGGGACGCACUAGAUCUGCCAAUGAGUCCAGAGGAACUGCUGGAGGAGAGCAGGAAGAUUCAGGAGAGGAUCUUCCCCUUGGCUGAGCUCAUGCCAGGUGUCGAGAAGCUUGUCCGCCACCUGAACAAAAAUGGCAUACCAAUGGCUGUGGCCACCAGCUCGGCAGGAGUCACGUUUGAAAUGAAAACCAGCCGACACAAAGACUUCUUUCACUUGUUUAGUCACAUUGUGCUCGGUGACGACCCCGACGUGAAGAGCGGCAAACCUCAGCCAGACUCUUUUUUGGUUUGUGCUAGCAGGUUCAACCCAGCACCUUCACCACGGCAGUGCCUGGUUUUUGAGGACGCCCCGAAUGGAGUCCUGGCAGGCCUGGCCGCAGGGAUGCAGGUGGUGAUGGUCCCUGAUGACAACCUGGACCGGAGCCUCACGCAAAACGCCAUGCUGAUCCUGAAGACUUUGGAGGACUUCAGGCCGGAGCUCUUUGGCCUUCCUGCCUACAGCUGAACCAAAGCUAGCUGUGAACUUUUCAGGUGGAGAUGUUAAAAAUUCUGUUUUUAUUGCAGUUUUUAAAUUUAUUGUGAUUGGUCUGAACCGGUUUGAACAAAAUCAAGAUCAAUUUAACUCCUUAAGUACAUGCAAUCUUUCGUUUUUCAUUUCCUGUUUCGACAGCUUAGGUAGUACCAUAUGUUCAAUUUAGUUCACCGUCAGACAUAUGAUAUCACACUGUGAUUGUGCCUUUAUGUUGGUUCGAACAGCUGUCUGUGUCUGUUCAAUGGAAUAAAAAUUGGUUACGAUCCCAGUCUGAUUGACAUUAAAUGAAGAGAGCUACUCUGAGCGUCAAAGAAUCACCUUUA